AUGAACGUGGAGGAGAAAUACAAACUUUUUAAGGAAAAAUAUAAAGAGAUAAAGGAGCAAAAUGACAUCCUCAAGAAGGCCAUAGUGGAGUACAAAAAGGACAUUAAGCAGCUGGAAAAAAAUAAUGAGGAACAGAAAGACAGAAUUAAUCGCAUGGUGGAUGAGAACAACGACCUGUUGACUAGCAACAGUCAGCUGUCCAGCAAGGUGGCGCAGCUGGCCAGUUCUCUGGAGGAUAAGAAGAAAGGCAACUCCGGGUGGCGGAACUUAAUGCUGCUCCCAAAAAACUCACGGGAAAACAUCCAAGAGUCCGUCGCGUUCGAGGAGCUCGAAAAUAAGAUAAAGGAAAAUGAGAUGCUACACAAAAAAGUGGAAGACCUUCAGAAUGAGAAUAAAAAGAUAGAGAAGGAGCUAGACACGUGUAGGACCUUCCACACAGACAAAUUAAACGAAAAAGAAAAAACCAUUGAAAGUCUUAACGAAAUUAUUACCAACUCGAGUAAAAGUCUUAACCAGUUGGAACAGGAAAGAGACGAAAUCAGGCAACAGGUCGAAGAGGAAAAAGCAAAUUUUGCCCGUGUCAUAGAAAAGAAAAAUGAACACAUAAAUAAAAUGGAGAAAAUAUACAAAGUUAUGAGGAGGAAGUGCUAUCCAAAGUAUAGGAUCAAUUUUAAUAAAAUCCCCCUUUCGGCGAAGCCCGACCAUUACGAUGGUUACCUCCAGCGCCAAAUCAACGAGCAGUGCAAAUUAUUGCAAAGCCACAUCCUAAAUGUAAUACAAAAGUUGCAAGAGUACCUUCUCAUCUGCAAGAAUACUUUUGCAUCUCAAGCGAAUCAGUUAAUUGACUUUUGUCACAAAAUGGAGGGAGAGGAGAAGGAUAACCAGUUCGACUAUUCUAAGGUUGCUGAACUAAGGAGGAUUUCCCAAAAAGAAGUCAGCUGCCUAGAGGAAGCGAUCAAUCUGUUAGACGACCUCGGGACAUGGCUGCAUGGGAGUCUAGACAAGGAACAUGCUCAGGCCCUCCUGCGUAAUCUGUCCACCACCGUAAAAAAGAUCUUCCUAAACGUGAACAUCUACCUCUGUGUCGAAGAAUACCUUUUCCCAACCUACACGACAGCGAAAACCUUUUCAUUGAAAAAUGUCGUUCGAGAAUUGAGGAGCUUGAGGAGACUCCUCCUCAAGGGUAUUCACUUUUUUUCGUUCCUCUUGUUUGUAACUCCAUACGAAAAUGAAAAGAUAGUGGAAGAGCAUUUUAAAAAGAGGAAUAUCGUUAAGUGGGUCGACGUAAUUGCAAAGGAAAGAAGCAAAAAGAAUGAACAGAAGUACCACGUGGAGGCGAACUACGAAGAGGUAGACACUAGUCUCCCAAGCAGCGAAGACGACUCUGUCAAGAGUGAUCAAAUGCGAACGUUAAGUGGAAUCCAUUUUAAAGAAUUGCUCGAAGAAAGAGAAAAAGAGUCUCUUUCACCAUUUGAACAUUUAAAAGGCUGCUCAGAAAAAAAUAAAAAAUUGGUUACCUACUUGGGGAAGAAAUUCCACAACCUGUUAGAAGACUUUUGUCACGCCUUAAAGUUUUUAAAGUCAUACUUUUCUUUUCGCAUUUUUGAGACGAAAGGGUCGGAAGUUUUCCAUGUAGACAACUCCAGGGUAAUGACAGAAAUGUUAGACGCAACGGAGUCGCUCAUUAAUUAUCUUGAAAUGUUCGAUGUUGUGGAAAAGAAGUCACUCCCCUUAAUUGCGUUUCUGUCUUACCAAAGAUUUAACACCCGAAUGGCUUUCGAAGAAGAAAAAAAUUGCCUGAAUAGAAUCAACGAGGCGUUUAGUCAGAGCAGGCAUAUUCCCUACGCCGUGCUGGAGUGCAGCUUCGAGAACCUCCAAAUGUGCAAGAAGGACAGGGACCAACUGAAUAAGGCGCUUUUGCGAAAAACAAAGUUAAUCAGAAAGUUGAAGAGAAAUAAUAAACAGACCCUGGGCGAACUUAAGAACGUACUGCUGACCAACAAAGAACUGACCCUAAACAACCAGUGCCUGACAAACUGCCUGUCCCCCAAAAGGGAAACAAUGAACGACCUGGGGGAAGAUACAACCGAUGAGGGCAUCCAGAAAUAUGCAGAAAUGGUCUUUAACUUUGUCACGCAUAAUAAUUCGGAUAAGCCGGGAUUAACGGUUCACGAGAAACAGCUCAUCGAAGCGUACGUCUGUUCGUGCAUACGCAUAAAAAAUUUACACAUGGAAAUACGGAAGCACGUGGAGGUUCUGGAAAGCCUACAAAACGGGUUCAGCGUUAAGGAGGGCGAAAUACAAAAACUGAACCUCCAAAUAGAGGCGUACAAGGAGGAAGAAAUAAAUAUUCACAAAAAAUACGAAGAGCAGAUGAAUACCCUGCACGAUUUAAUCGUCACGUUGGAAAAGCAAUUAUCCAAACUGAACUCUGAAAAAAAUGUGAACAAGUUUUUCAUCCUCUGCUCCAUUUGCGGCAGCAAAAACGGCAUCGGCACCAUUCUGAAAAAUCGCAAGUGCCUCAAGUGCAGCUCCAUAAUUAUUUUCCUCCAAUGA